GUUCCCACAGCCAGCGUCACCAUAGAAGGAGCUUCUGCCCUCAACCGUGUCCGCUGGGCCCAGGCUGGGAAGGAGGUGGCAGUUGGUGAUUCAGAGGGCCGCAUAUGGAUCUAUGACGUUGGAGAGCUGGCUGUGCCGCACAACGACGAGUGGACGCGCUUCGCACGGACGCUGGUGGAGAUCCGCGCCAACCGGGCGGACAGCGAGGAGGAAGGGGCGGUGGAGCUGUCGGCCUAG